GGGAAAUACGAGCUUUGGUUGAGUACGUGAAGGCAGCACGGUUGCCUGCAGUUUGUUGUUGCUCAAACCGCCUCAAACAUUUCGACAAAACCUGAAAAAACCUGUUAAAAUCUGAUUUAAUGAUGUUUGUUCGUGUUCGAGCUCACACGUGAACGAUGAGUCCUUCAUCCCCGGACAGAAGUAAGUCACUCCGCCACAUGUUCUUCCGCCAGGUGAGCUCCUCCUUCCUCCCCCGCGGCCGUCCUGCGCUCUGCAGGGCCGGCUUCAGGAGCAGGAGCAGCACCUCCUCUUCGUCCUCGUCUCACCUCCCACACGUCCCUGCUCCUCACCCAUGGUGGUCAGUGCGGGGAUUUCCCCCCUGGCCUCCUGGACUCCCUCACUCCCGCCCAGCAGCUCGUCGGGUCUUUCCUGGUAGGACGUCACACCCUCGAAGCAUCAACGCGGGCGGUGGUCGGUGUUCGUUCUCCACCUCUGCCGGCCUCAUGAUGGAGCAGCCCGGCAGAGACAGAGGGCCUCCGUACAAACGGAGGAAGAGCACAGAGGAGAAGAGGAGCGCUGAAGAAAGGGAAGGACGCAGAGGAGGAGGAGCAGAGGGGGCGACAGGAGGCUCCAAGAGGGAGCAGCAUCACUCCAGCUCAAGCAGAGACGGCUGCCACCGACCGUCGCACCACCACAAAGACGGAAGUCGAGGUGGAGGGAGCAGAGAGACUGGAAACUGUGUCAGAAAGGACAGCAGAGACAAAGACGGAGAGAGGACAAGAACUGAUAAAGACAGGCAGCGGAGAGACAGCGCCGGUCCAGAUCAAGAGAGGGGAGUGCAUCAGCACGGAGGGCCUCCACGGUCCAGGACUCAAACCCCCGGGUCAAACCCUGAGCAGGAUAAAGUUCCCUGGCACAAACCGAACCCUUGGUUCAACAAGAGAGAGGAGCAGGCAGAGCGCGGGAGGGACGCGAAAGCACCAGAGGGGCAGUUCAGGGACAGAAGCGGUGAUGAAGGGCAGCGGACGGGGCUUCCCUCGCAGCCUUGGACCUCCACUCAUCCCCCAAACCCGUGGCAGGUAGCCGGAGCCGACAGCCAGCCUCCUCCACCGGGAACCUUCCUGCCCGUUAAACCGGUGAAAGCUCUCCAGAGACACUGGGAGUCCCCGCGCGUCUGCGGCGCUGACGUCCGGCCGCCAGGGCACGGCACGCCGUUCGACUUCUCCGUGAUGUCCUACAACAUCCUGUCCCAGGAGCUGCUGCAGGACAACGCCUACCUGUACCGACACUGCGAGCCCGGCGUCCUGGACUGGAAGCACCGGCUGCCCAGCCUGCUGUCCGAGAUCCGGCAGCACAGCGCUGACAUCCUCUGUCUGCAGGAAGUCCAGCAGGACCACUAUGAAGACCAGAUCAAACCUGCUCUGCAGGCGCUCGGUUACCAGUGCGAGUACAAGAAGCGGACAGGGAAGAAACCCGACGGUUGUGCCGUCGUCUUCAAAUCCUCCCGCCUGUCGCUGCUCUCCUCCAAUCCCGUCGAAUACUUCCGCCCCGGCGACGCCCUCCUCGACCGGGACAACGUCGGAUUGGUCGUGCUGCUGCGACCGAACGACGCCGCGGGCCGCUCGGAUCCCUCCGCCUUCAUCUGCGUGGCCAACACUCACCUCCUGUACAACCCGCGGCGCGGCGACAUCAAACUGGCGCAGCUGGCGAUCCUGUUCGCCGAGAUCAACCGGCUGUCCCGCCUCCCGGAUGGGUCGGCCAGUCCGGUGGUGCUGUGCGGGGACUUUAACUCGACGCCGUGGAGUCCGCUGUACAGAUUUCUGACCACGGGCUGCCUGGACUACAGAGGGCUGCAGAUCGGCGCGGUGUCCGGACAGGAGAACAAAGGUCAGCGGCUCCUCACGGCCCCGAUCUGGCCUCACAGUUUGGGAAUCGACCAGCGGUGUCAGUACACGGACAAACCCACAGAGUCCUCGCCCAGCAGCCCCACAGCCGUCGAAGGAGCGAUCUCGAACCUCACCGUGGAAGAUCUCGCCACAAAAGCCGCCUUCGCUGUCAGCAGGUGGAGGAUAGAGCACAGCCUGAAGCUGCACUCGUCCUACCAGCACCACCUGAUGCCUGAUGGGAGACCUGAGAUCACCACCUGUCACUCACGCACCGCCAUGACCGUGGAUUACAUCCUGUACACUCCCGAACUCAUCACACCUUCUUCACUUCCUGGUGGGCGGCGGCGGGGCGGCCUCCACCUGCUGUGCCGGCUCUCAUUGGUCGGCCAGUCGGAGCUGGAGGACGUCGGCGGCCUGCCCAGUCGCUGUCACUCGUCCGAUCACCUGCCGCUCCUCGCUCGCUUCCGCUUCUGGCACUGACCCGGGAGUCGGCCACAGCCAAUCAGAGCGGCACACGUAAAAUAAUUAAAAAUGUUUUUGGAUAAAAGUUCAGUUCAGUUUUCCAUCAAACAGCUGUGAAGGUAAAAAUAUUUAACAUUUAAUUUCUCAGCAGGGAACAAAACUUUCUUCUUCUUCUCAGUUUGCUGCCGUCAAAGUUGAACUUUAGUUUUAAAGUUAAUUUUAAUCCUCUUAACGAGUUCUCGGUAACUGAAGAUCUGCGUCUGUGUUCAAACAUGAACAAAGGUUUGAUCUGUUUUUUUUAUGGUUCCCCUGCUGCUGAUGUUGAAGCCACAGAUUUUAAACGUGUUUUUUAAAGUGUACUUGAAGUUAACGAGUGAAGCUACUUGAAAUAUUUAAAUAUUACAAAUUAUGAAUGUUUCUUAUUUUUUUAAAUCUGCGUGAAACGCCAGAUGAAGAAAAAAAGAAGUCCCACUUUGAUCUUUAAAAUAUAUUUUCAACAAAGAGCAGCUCGGACGCAGCGUGUCGAGGUUUGCUCGACUGUGAUUGGAGCACACGGCAGAAAGGGGCGGGGCUUUCGAACGGUUAAUUGGUUAUGUAAUUAAUUUUCCUUGCACUAGUUUCAAAGUUGACCCUGUAAUGAGAUGAAUGAUCUCACAGGCUGAUUAUUCAUCAUGAACAAUAAAAUAGUUUUUAAAUUUAAAGACGCUGCUCAUGUCACAGUUUUCUUUUGACAAACUCGGUGCUGUGAGAAAAGAAACUCAAAGAUGUCGUGUUAUAAUUUCAGACUCAUAACGUGGAGUGUAAAUAUAUUUUUCUAACAUACUGGGAACUGACUGAUUGUUCAUAUUGACUGUAAAUAAAGAACUCUGUGUU